AUGGAGAACGAAGAAUUUUCAGGCUCAUCUGCGUUUACGGAUGGGCAUGGCGCGACAGAAAUAUCCGCUCCCUCCGAAGCGUUUCAGAAGCCCUUAGUACUCAGGCUCCUCGACGUGCACAAGCUUGAGGGGCUUGAGGAGCCCGAGGAACCCGAGGAACCCCAGGAGCCGGAAGAAGCCAACAAGCAGAGCCAGCGAGACCAAUGGAACGAGUUUGAUGAGCCCCAGGAGACAUCUGAACCCCAUACGCCCUAUGAGCCCCACGAACCCUAUGAGUCCUACGAGCCUUAUGAGCCCCACAAGCCCUAUGAGCUCCACGAACCCCAUGAGCCCCACAAAGCCUACGAGCCCCACGCACCCCGCAAGCCCCAUAAGCUCCGCAAGCCCCGUAAACCCCAGGAGUCCCAUGCUCCCCGAGAGCCCAAGCCCAGCGAAACCGAGUUGCUUCCCAGAGCUGCCGCCGUGGUGAUCUCCCCUUCUCUGAUGACCAGGUUCCCGCUAAGGAUUCCGCCAUCUUCCCUGAGCGGGUUGUUAAGAAAAUUAAUUGAGUUAAUACCUGUAAAGCAUUUAGAGCAGAUUAUGGUACUGAUCCUGGUCCCUGUGGCAUUGCAAGAAAAUGGUAAGACUUUGGUAUUUGUUAGUUUUUUUUCUAGGAAGAGAAUCCAAGAUCUUUCUAGGCCUAAAAGACAAUGGGGAACCCCAGAUAGAAAACUGUUUUGGGGGAAUCAAGAUCCUAUUUGCCCUAUUGCCCGGAUUGCUUUGAAAGCUCAGCUGACCAAAAGACUGGAGGACCUUGCCCAUCCCAAAGAAGUCUCCCACCGAUAUGUACCUAACAGGGCUCAGUAUUACUACAGCUGUGGUAGAGAGUCUGUUAUCUGGGAGAUCCCUUCUCCUGCACUGUUUAGCCAACCCUCCAAAAGGAUCCAGAAGCUGGCACUGCCCAACAGAUUCAAGAAAGAAUAUCUAAUAAAGAGGCCUUACAAUGAUUACUUAACAAGAGAUUCUCUUCAAAUCUCUUAUCCUUCUGCCCGGAUAUUACAACUCUCAAUAGCCAAAGCCAUAAAUCCAAACUACGUUCCUCCAAAAAGGAUUGAAACCGAGAUUUCAGUUCCUGCCCUGACUGCUGUUGCAACUCCAAGAACUGUAGACCUUGCCCAUCCAAGGAUCAAGAUAGAGGGUCUGUGCUUUGAAAGAGAACGAAGUGAACUGCCUAUCCGUCCUAUAUCCCGUGCUGCCUUGCUAUACAAACCUAGCCCUCGAAUAAUAGCUCUAGCUAAGGCCAGGCCUCUUCAUCAAGAUUAUCUACCUGACCGUGAUGCCCACUGGCCAGUAUCUUAUGCUGCUAUCCAUUGCAAAAUAUCUCCCAGAAUUCAAGAACUAGCUAAUCCAAAUACAAGGUCUCCCGUUCACAUUAUAUAUUAUGAUCCAGAUGUCUUUAAAGUCAAGCCAGCUGCUUUGAAAACACAGUGUUCUCCAAGGAUCCACGAGUUGGCAGAACCUCUUGUGCGUUAA